AACAACUGUAGGCAAAUCAGUAACAGCCUCGCGACUGCAAUCGGUCAUUCCGCAGUGUAUUGAACAACUCGAUCGAUAUGGAAAGCAAAGGAACGUCCGCGGUGGUGGAUGCGUCCGCAUUGAGUAAAUCCGUGGGCAAUUUGAAGGCAGCCAAGUGCCACGACCGCCCCGACGCCUUGGCGUACGACCGCGAUGUCGCCAAACAGUAUGCGGCCUUGUACACCAAGCACGACGGCAACCUCCACGAUAUAUUCAAGGAGUUGGACGAAAGCCCCCGAAAAGCCCUCAAGCACCCCCCCGAGGACAGCGACGAGUUUGGGAUCAAGUAUGCCCAGGGGUUUUACUCGUACGCUGAGGAAAAGUAAUCGCCAUUCGAAUGAACCAAGAAACUUGUAGCUUACAAUUCCAGAGUUUCGUUGGCAUAGGCAAUUUAUACUUGUUUGGCCACAUGGCGUCAAUGACAUUCAAUAAAGUGGAGCUGGCAGACAGA